CAGCCCAAGUUCAAGCAUCCACGUGGCACAUCGGCAGAAGGAACGGCGCGCCGUGUUUCUGGAGGCGAAGUUGAUGCGCGCGCCGUUCCUCUUGUCAAUCGCUUCCGUUGCUGUGCGUGCCGUAACAGCAUUCGAAUCGUUGUCGAGUUAUUUUUACUUUGGAAAUAACGAUCGCGAAAGCGCCGCGGUGGAAGCAGUGAGCACGAAUGGCGAGCGAAGGAACAAUCGAGGACGUCAAGCAAGAAGAGGAAAGGCAGGACGACGAGGAUUCGCGCGAGGAAGAAAAACAUCAUGACACCGACCAGAAUGCCUCGACCCGGCUGGGCUCGAUGGAGGAGAAGUCGAUUCCAGCAUUGCGCGCUCAGCUUGACAACGUGCAGACGAGAUACCGCAAGAAGGAGGCGAGGCUCGUGAAUGACCUCAAUUGCGAGUACGACUACACGAUCAAGCACUUGGAUCCGAUCAUAUCGGAAGCACUGGAGGACCUGAUGCUGCAUCGUCCGGAACAAGUGUCGGCGUAUCUUGCGUUUUACAUGGCGGGCUCCGUCGACGUCUCCAUGUACAAAAAGACGCAAUUGCAGCCACAAGCGUACUUCGAGCGCAAGAUCCAGCCCGCGCUUGGCCUUGCCAUGGACUCCGUCAUUCGUGACAAGCCCGACGACGUCAAGGCGUACCUGACCAAGUUCUUUGAGCACCGGGCCAGCAUCUAUUAACCCAUGAUUGAAAUGCUGUGCGUUUGUGCUGCCA